GAGGCCAUUACAAAGACACAGCAACGUCGUUUCUGUUCGACCGAAUAUUCCCAAUAUUGCACUGAAGAUUUCUUAGCAUUUCUUUUUCCAAUUUACCGGUAUUUAACUCCUGUCGUCCGCCUACUGCAUCAGCGGCACUUCCGCUAUCAACAAGCCACAGAUUUGAGAGGCCAAGCCAGCCGCCAGCGUUCUACACCAUUCCAUACCCUUGUCUGAACGUAACUGCGAGGAGCUCUUGGUAAAUGAACACCAAGAUUUGGAGAACGUUUUCAAAUACUGAUUAAAUUGGCCGAAGACCCUUGUAUUCACAGUUCGUCAAACUUACUUGUGACCUCAAGCAUCUUCAAGCGGGGUUCGAGUGCAAAGCCAUUAUGAGCAAGACCUCUAAAUUGGUAUCCACAAGUGCGAAAAGGAUUCAAAAAGAGUUGGCAGACAUAACUCUGGAUCCUCCUCCAAAUUGCAGUGCUGGCCCCAAAGGUGACAACAUCUAUGAGUGGAGGUCCACCAUCCUGGGACCUCCAGGUUCCGUCUAUGAGGGUGGCGUCUUCUUCCUGGACAUUGCCUUCACUCCCGACUACCCCUUCAAACCACCUAAGGUAACAUUCCGUACAAGGAUCUACCACUGUAAUAUCAACAGCCAGGGGGUGAUCUGCUUGGACAUCCUGAAGGACAACUGGAGUCCAGCCCUCACCAUCGCCAAGGUGCUGCUGUCCAUCUGUUCCCUGCUCACAGACUGCAACCCGGCGGACCCUUUGGUUGGGAGCAUCGCGACCCAGUACACAACAAACAGAGCUGAACAUGAUCGAAUAGCAAAACAGUGGACCAAGCGCUAUGCAACAUGACGUGACAUGGACAACUGGCCUUUAACAAUUGCUGCUUGUGAAACACAUGGACUGAGCGAUUUGUCUCCAUUUUUAAGGACUAUGGACUAUGUGUGUGUGUGUGUGUGUGUGUGUGUGUGUGUGUGUGCGCGCGUGUGUGUGUGCGUUACCUCCUGCAAAUUUUAAUUUAUCUUUGCUAUAACUGUGAAUAAAGAAAAAGACCGCAAAAGA